GUAGACUCUAUCGACCAAGCGUUAUGCUUAAAAAGUACCAGUCCUUUAUUAUCGGGCUCGGUGAAAUCGAAUCUUAGCCAUUCGGAGUCUUCCAGUGGUCUCUGUCAAAUGGCAAAGGUAUGUGAAUAUGUUUGUUUUAACGGUGCCUUUAAAAGUUAAACUAUGUGUAUGUAAUAAUGUUUGAGACAUUUUUUUACACUUAAUCAAUCUAUAGUUAUGGUUCUGUUGUUUCUGUUAUAAUUAAUAUAUCGAAACGGUUUGAAGGUGUUAAUAGCGAUGGAAACAGGUAUAAUCCCAUUAACUAUACACUUCAAAACACCGCGAAAAGAACAUACUCCCAUAAUUGAAGGUAGAUUGAAGAUCGUCACAGAACCUACUUCUUGGGAAGGUGGUUACGUGGGUGUCAAUUCUUUCGGAUUUGGUGGUGCAAACUGUCACGUACUGUUGAAAUCGAAUCCUAAAAAUAAAAUCAACAACGGAGAAUCAGACGGUUUGCCGAGACUUGUAUUUGUAUCUGGUCGUACUGAGCAGGCUGUAGAAACUCUUUUAAAUAAUGUGAAAAGUAGACAGCUGGAUAUGUCGCUCUAUUACACCGUCUUUAUACGAAGACAUAGAAGGUCAUUUGUACAGAGGAUAUGUUGUUGUUGGACGUAAAUCAACUCGUAAUAAAAUAUGCAAAAUUGAAAUUGCUUCAAUCAAAGGAAAUCAAUCUGCUUCGUGAUUUCUGGAAUUGAAACUUUGUGCUAUAACAUAGGUGAGAAGAC